UGUGGCGCCGGCCGCCCCGGCUGUCGGUAGCCCCGGCCCUUUGUGGCGCCAGCUCGGCCUGGACACGUUUCGUCCAAAAUCCCGACCACCGACGGCCCCAUGGAGGACCCGGCGUGCGGUGGCCUCUAAGCUGACCGGUGAUGAAUUGGGGUUGUGCGGCCCCACAGUUGCCCGAGAAAUGUACAAAGUGGAUCUCUUUGCGAAGGCCCGGAGUUUAGACCCUAGCCAGCUGACGAGACAAGGAUGGCAGAUGAUUUCCAAGAAGAGUGUUCCAAACGAUCACUCCAAUGUUGAUGAAAAAAAGAAUAAACUCAUGCCACUUGAGGCAACAUGGAUGAAGCUGGAAGGGAUUAUGCAAACUACAAUGCCCAGAAACUUUUGGAAAGCAGUGACAGUGGCUGUGGUGGGAAUGAGAUCCCGAAACCAGGGUAGUGAAAGUUCAUCCAAUGGGCAUAUCUCCUGCCCCAAGUCCUCCAUCAUCAGUAAUGCUGAUGAUAAAAGUCUCUCAGAAGAUACAAAAAAGAAGAACAAAUCAAAUAGAAAAGAGGAUACUGUCAUGGCCUCAGGAACUGUCAAACGACAUCUAAAACCAUCUGGAGAAAGUGAACGAAAGAAUAAGAAAUCCUUGGAGUUAUCCAAAGAAGACCUCAUCCAGCUACUCAGUAUAAUGGAAGGGGAGUUGCAGGCCAGAGAAGAUGUGAUCCACAUGCUGAAGACAGAGAAAACCAAGCCUGAGGUUCUGGAGGCUCAUUACGGGUCUGCAGAGCCAGAGAAAGUGCUGCGGGUCCUGCACCGAGAUGCCAUCCUAGCCCAGGAAAAAUCUAUAGGAGAAGAUGUCUAUGAGAAACCGAUUUCAGAGUUGGACAGACUUGAGGAAAAACAGAAAGAAACCUAUCGGCGCAUGCUAGAGCAGCUGCUGCUGGCAGAGAAGUGUCACCGGCGCACAGUGUAUGAGUUAGAGAAUGAGAAGCAUAAGCACACCGACUACAUGAACAAGAGUGACGACUUCACCAACCUGCUGGAGCAGGAGCGGGAGAGAUUGAAAAAGCUCCUUGAGCAAGAAAAGGCUUACCAAGCCCGCAAAGAAAAAGAAAAUGCUAAGCGGCUCAAUAAACUGAGAGAUGAGCUUGUGAAACUCAAGUCCUUUGCACUCAUGCUGGUGGAUGAAAGGCAAAUGCAUAUUGAGCAACUUGGCCUGCAAAGUCAGAAAGUACAGGAUCUUACUCAGAAACUAAGGGAGGAAGAAGAAAAACUGAAAGCCAUUACCUCCAAAUCUAAAGAAGACAGGCAGAAGCUGCUCAAGUUAGAAGUGGAUUUUGAACACAAGGCUUCAAGGUUUUCUCAAGAGCAUGAAGAGAUGAAUGCUAAGCUGGCUAAUCAAGAGUCUCAUAACAGGCAGCUGAGACUCAAGCUGGUUGGCUUAACUCAGAGAAUUGAGGAGCUAGAAGAGACCAACAGGAAUCUUCAAAAAGCAGAGGAGGAACUUCAGGAAUUAAGAGAUAAAAUUGCCAAAGGAGAAUGUGGCAAUUCCAGCCUCAUGGCCGAAGUGGAAAACCUCCGGAAGCGUGUGCUUGAAAUGGAGGGUAAAGAUGAGGAGAUCACCAAGACUGAAUCCCAGUGCAGAGAACUGAGGAAGAAGCUGCAGGAAGAAGAACACCAUAGCCGGGAGCUCAAACUUGAAGUUGAGAAGUUACAAAAGAGAAUGUCUGAACUAGAGAAAUUAGAAGAAGCAUUCAGCAAGAGUAAAUCUGAAUGUACCCAGCUACAUUUAAAUCUGGAGAAGGAAAAAAACUUAACGAAAGACCUGCUGAAUGAGUUGGAAGUAGUCAAGAGUCGAGUUAAAGAGCUGGAAUGUUCCGAAAGCAGACUGGAAAAGGCUGAGUUAAGCCUAAAAGAUGAUCUUACAAAGUUAAAGUCAUUUACUGUAAUGCUGGUUGAUGAAAGAAAAAAUAUGAUGGAAAAAAUAAAGCAAGAAGAGAGAAAAGUGGAUGGACUCAAUAAAAAUUUUAAGGUGGAACAAGGAAAGGUUAUGGAUGUAACUGAAAAACUAAUUGAAGAAAGUAAGAAGCUUUUAAAACUGAAAUCUGAAAUGGAGGAGAGGGUAUACACUUUGACAAAAGAGAGAGAUGAGUUAAUAGGCAAAUUGAAAAGUGAAGAAGAAAAGUCCUCUGAAUUAAGCUGCAGUGUUAGCCUAUUAAAAAAGAGACUUGAUGGGAUAGAGGAAGUAGAAAGAGAAAUAACAAGAGGAAGAUCUCGAAAAGGAUCUGAGCUCACCUGCCCAGAAGAUAACAAGAUUAAGGAACUAACACUUGAAAUUGAGAGACUAAAGAAACGUCUCCAACAAUUGGAGGUGGUUGAAGGGGAUUUGAUGAAGACAGAGGAUGAGUAUGACCAGCUGGAGCAGAAAUUUAGAACUGAGCAGGAUAAGGCUAACUUCCUAUCUCAACAACUGGAGGAGAUAAAGCACCAGAUCGCCAAGAAUAAGGCUAUUGAGAAAGGUGAGGCUGUGAGCCAGGAAGCUGAGCUAAGACACAGAUUUCGGCUAGAAGAAGCUAAGAGUCGAGACUUAAAGGCUGAAGUACAAGCUCUUAAAGAGAAGAUUCAUGAACUAAUGAACAAAGAAGAUCAGCUGUCUCAGCUCCAAGUGGAUUAUUCUGUUCUUCAACAAAGAUUUAUGGAAGAAGAAAAUAAGAACAAAAACAUGGGGCAGGAGGUCCUCAAUCUGACCAAAGAGUUGGAACUUUCUAAGCGUUAUAGCAGAGCUCUUAGACCCAGUGUGAAUGGAAGAAGAAUGGUGGAUAUUCCCGUGACAUCGACUGGAGUACAGACUGAUGUAGUCAGCCAUGAGGCAGCAGAGGAAGAAACACCAGCAGUAUUUAUACGGAAAUCCUUUCAAGAAGAAAAUCAUAUCAUGAGUAAUCUUCGACAGGUGGGACUGAAGAAACCUAUGGAACGAUCCUCUGUUCUAGACAGAUAUCCCCCAGCAGCAAAUGAGCUCACUAUGAGAAAGUCUUGGAUUCCAUGGAUGAGAAAAAGGGAAAAUGGGCCCCCAAUCACUCAAGAUAAAGGACCUCGAACAAAUUCUAGCCCAGGGCACCCAGGAGAGCUGGUCCUUUCUCCAAAGCAGGGCCAGCCCCUGCAUAUUCGAGUGACACCAGACCAUGAAAACAGUACUGCCACAUUGGAGAUAACAAGCCCGACAUCUGAAGAAUUCUUUUCCAGUACCACUGUCAUUCCUACCCUAGGGAAUCAGAAACCAAGGAUAACUAUUAUUCCAUCACCAAAUGUUAUGUCUCAAAAACAAAAAAGUGGAGAUAGUACUCUUGGCACAGAACGAGCCAUGUCCCCAGUCACGAUCACUACUUUUUCCAGAGAGAAGACCCCAGAAAGUGGAAGAGGUAUGUUUGCGGACAGGCCCACAUCCCCCAUUCAGAUAAUGACCGUGUCUACAUCAGCAGCGCCAGCUGAGAUUGCAGUCUCUCCCGAAUCCCAGGAAAUGCCCAUGGGAAGGACUGUCUUCAAAGUCACCCCAGAAAAACAGACUGUUCCAACUCCAGUACGGAAAUACAACUCCAAUGCCAAUAUCAUUACCACGGAAGACAAUAAAAUUCAUAUUCACCUAGGUUCUCAAUUUAAACGAUCCCCUGGGACUUCAGCUGAAGGAAGUAAUCCUGUUAUUACUGUCCGACCUGUCAACAUGACAGCUGAAAAGGAGGUUUCCACUGGCACUGUCCUUCGCUCUCCCAGGAACCAUCUCUCCUCUCGACCUGGUGCGAGCAAAGUGACGAGUACUAUCACCAUAACACCAGUUACAACCUCAUCUUCCAGAGGAACCCAGUCAUUGUCAGGACAAGAUGGGUCAUCCCAGCGGCCUACACCCACCCGCAUUCCUAUGUCAAAAGAAAGCAUCAUCAUUCACCAGUUACGUAUGAACUCCAGAUGAAAUGGUAAAGCAAGCACAUACUGGUUUUGUGUACUUCCUCUGAAUCCCUGUUGAACGGAUAAUAUUUCUACAGCCCUCCGUCACCACUAAGGUCCUCCGUGCCACUGCUCACUACUGGAAAUACUUUACUGCUUCCAGUGACUUUUUUUUUUUUGAGGAUAUAAUGUAAUAGCUGACAAUGAAAUGGUGUUGCUGAUAAUAUGAGUAUAGGUAGCAAAAACAAUUCAAUCUUGGUGUCAAAAGGAAUUUCUCUUCCUUUUGCAAAGCUGUCAGGUCCAUGGGCACAUGCUAUGUAAUUUAUUUUUAUAAUACACUUUGUAAUGUGAUUUUUUUUCCUAAAGUGUUUCUUUUUUCAUAGUCUAUGGCACAUAUAUCUGUAGGCUUUAUGGUCAGUUCUUAAAAAUAUGGGUAUUGAUAACCUAUAAUUAUUCUCUUUUAUCAGUUUGUUAUUUCUGAAAAGAAAGUAUAACCCUCUUUACAUAUUUUGCUCUAAUUAGGAGCUUAAUUUUAAAUAUUAAAGACAGUUCUGUGCCCAAAAACUUGGAUGAACUGAUUUUUAUAUGGGACAAACUAAUAAAAGAUGUAUAAAUUUAAAAGUAAGGGUUACAGGAAUACCAUUCACUGUUCAAUUAUAGUUGUUUGCAUUAUUUACUUAUAUAUACAAGAUUGAUAAUAAGGACUGUUAUAUCAAGAUAUUUCUCACAAUCUACCCAAAUGAGAGCCUGAAAAUAAAAACCUACAUAAUAUCAGCAUCUUUGUUAAAAAAAUGGUAAGAUAAAGCCCAAGAGAAUUUUUUCUCUAAUGGGAUUUAAACAGGUCUUCAUAACCACACGUUGGAGAAUAUAUUCAUUAAAGAUACAAAGCACAAUAUUCAUUACACAAAUUUCAGUGUCAGAGCUGCUGUUGAAUUUAGAUUUAUGGGGAAAUGGGCAUUUAAAAUCUACUCGAAAUCCCAACAAUGUAUUUUUUUUAAAAAGAACUUCAUUAGUGUGGACAUGUUUUCAACAGUGUAUUUAAAGAUAGCUUUAAAGACAAAGUGUUGACACAUUAAAUUCCAAAUGCAGAAAUAAUACAUCACUUAACUUUGCUGAAAUUAAAAAAGGCUUUUGAGUGUCACAAGGAUAAUUAAAAGUGACACAAGUAAUACUGUUGACCCAUUUUUCCAGUCCAGGGAUUUUGCAGGUUACAAGCACGUAGAAGGGAGUCCAUCUGAGUUCAUGGAAUAGAAAAAUUAAUGUUGGAGUUCCUCAGCUAUGUAACCCUGGAAAAUUUUAAGGCAUACCUUAUGAAAUAAGCAAAUCAUAUUCAGCAGGUAUCAUAAAUUUAAAAACUGUGUUUUAUGUAAAAUUAGUUUUGAUUUUUGCAAGUAAAAGAAAUGUUAUAGUAGGCUUCAUCUAGCUUGGAUAACUGUGAACAUGUCAUAGAACCUGCAGGGCUUUUGCUUACUGAUUCAGAGAACUAGAGUGUGUAUGUGUGAAGAUUUGAAAAGUUUUUUUUUUUUUUUCUGAAAAUAUUGAACCAUAAUGACAUUUUCAGUUAGAAAAGGGUUUUUAUUCAGGAUUGUUACAAUUCCUAACUCACAGUUAAGUUUCUAUUUGCCAAUGUUUUUACUUCUGAUGGCUAAAUAUUUUGAUAUAUCAGAGAUUAGUAUUUUCCCUAAUAACUUUUUCUCAACUUAUGCGAAUUUUAUGACACUAGUAGUUAAAAAGACUAGUGAGUAAGUAUUUCUUCACAUAAAAAAAUUAUAUAAUUUAUGUAUAUUUGAAGUUUUUAUUUCUCCUGAUAUUAUGAUUGAAUUUGAUUCUUGCAAUGCAAAAUGAGGAUGAUAAUGCAGUCUUCUAGCUGGAUGCUGUGCUUUUAUCUGCCCAUACUAGGAUUGCUUAUACCCAAAUGGAUUCUGGGUGACAGGUGAUUAAAAGGGCUGAAAAUUAAGUAAAAAUUGUUUUUGGAAUAAAAUAGAAUAUCAAAAUUGACAAAAAUGCUAAUUUCUGUUAGAAAAUAUUCAAAACACUCAUCAUGGUCAUAUACCAACAUCCACAUUCAAUUGGAAAAACUGCCCUCAGGUGCAAUUCUGACACCAUCCUAGGCUCACAUAAUUUAUCUUUCAUUGUAAGUAAAUCUCCAAUCACCAAUCUGAAUGAAAAUCAGUUUUAAAUGGAGUAUUUUUUCUGAAAUAUAGUCAAUGGUUCUAGUUUAAGGCACAACAAUUGAGCUAAUCCAUUAUUUUAAUCUUUUCUUUUUGAGGAGAGUGUUUUGAGGGUUAUCUUCUGCAGAGAUUUUUUUUUUCAAGUAUUUUUAUAUUAGGAUUUGACGAAGAUAAAUAUUCCAGAUGUUAGAUUCCUGGAUGUUUACAAAAUAUGAAGGAUUAAUUAUAUCUUAGGACAACUAUAAAAAAGAAAUUCAUGGUGUCGAAUAUUUAGCUUAAGCAUUAACAGAGACACCAAUGCAACUGAAAUAAUUUACAGUUUCUGAAAAUUAGUGGCAGAAUACGAGUAGGUGGUAUAUUAGACAAUAUAUAAUAUGUUUGUGUCCUUUCUCUUUAUGCUGUGGUUUAAUUUUCCUGAAAAUGAAUAAAAAGCAGCAAAAGUAGGGUGUGUUCAUGAAUUUCAUGAGCAACAACUCUAAAAAUAACAAGUGUUAAAUGAAAGUUUUAAGAAAACAACACAACUGGCACCUAAGGCAUUUAUCUAUCACCUUCUGGGCCUCUAGUGCUAACUCUCUGCUAAAAAUACUAAUUAGAAAACAAAAGGGAAACAAUUGUUGAAACCAGGAGAGUUUCAUGGAAUUAAAUUUGCUUUAUGACCACUAAUAUUUUACUUUCUUAAAUGUUCAGCAUUUACUCCUUAACUAUACAAAAUGACAAUUGGUGUUUGUUACUAAGGAAAAUACUGUAGGUUCAUACAUUUGAACAGAAAUUUUAAUAAGUGCCAUGACAUAAAAAAUUAUUUUUUUGUCUCUUUCUUUUUUGUUAUUACUUGGGUAAUUUUACGGUAUCAUUCAGAGGUUUUGUUAUUUUUACCAGUGCAGGUUUGUACUUAUUUUAGAUUUUGUUUUAAAAAUAUGUUAGCAUCUGCAAAAAUGAGACUUACCAUGUGAUCUGAUUUUCUAAGAAGUCUUGAGGAUCUGAUGGAUUUCCAAAAGCAUAUGAGUGUAUUGAAAAAUUUUGGAGUUACAUUUUAUUUUCAUCCCAUUUUCAAUUUUGUCUCCUUUAAGUACAAUGAGUUUAUUUUUCACUAAAAUCCAGUGAAUUUAUGGAUCUGUACUUGUCUUUUAUAUGAAUGUAAUAUCCUGCUUUCAAUUCUUCACAGGUUAUUGAAAUUAUUUAACCAAUUAAGACAUUCUCUGUGUUAUUUCCAAAGUCAACUAUGUGUAUCAAAAUCUCACCAGAGUGAGAAAAAUAACAACUGUAAUAUUAAAACAUUGUGCAAUAUUCUUUUUUGAGUUGGAACAUAACAUUUAUAACAUUAAAAUCACUUAAAAUGAGAAUUUAAACUUUUAAAAGAUUGCUGUAAUUUUC